AUGUCAGAGCAGAUAUCCACCCAGCAGCCCACAGAGGAUCCCACACCAGAGAAGGAGCAGUUAUCUUUACAUCAAGCAAGCACUAAGCUAGCCUCCAAAACUUCAGAUCUGUCAGCCCCUCUGAAAGCCCCGGCCCACCUCUCCGAGCCGCCGGGGAGAAAAGGCGCCGCUCCCCCGCCCGCACCCCCGGCCCGGCCCGGCCCGGCCCGGCCCGGCCCGGCUCCCCUCCUUUGGCCCGCACCCCCGGCCCGGCUCCCCUCCUUUGGCCCUUUCCCCGGCCCACACCCCGGGCCCUUUCCCCGGCCCUCCCUUGCCCCCCCGAGCCGGGCAGCGCCGGGACACGGCCGGCGGGGCCGGAGCCGCGGGGCAGCCGCUGCCGGGCCCCGAGGGCUGCGGGGCUGCAGGUGGGCCCGGGAGGGAUGGGCACCAUGCUCGUCCUUGAAGGUGCCUUCCUGCCGCUCUCCUCACCCCUGCAUCCCGGGAGGCUGGGGACAGUCCCUAGAGAGGGACACAAGUGCCGCUGCCCGUAGAGCAGAGCCUGCCUGGGAAGUCUGCUCUCCUUGCCACGGUGACACCCGAGCGGAGCCUUUUCCUCGGGAAGCGGGCGCCACGUUCUGCAGACUGAAUCCUCACAAAGGAGAAAGUUCAUUUAAAGAAAGUAUUUCUUUUUUGAAGCCGAUGCUCCGACUUUCGUUAAGUGUAGUUCAACUUCACAUCCUGCUUUUCCUCCAGAAGGAGUUUGUAUGAUGAACACAGGAUGAACGUGUACUGCCCCAGAGAGGGAGAGGAUUGAAGAGCUCAGCUUUAGCCAGUCCCAUUCACCUUGGAUGUGCAGGCAUCCCAGCAGGUUGCAGCAAGCUCCAUCCCAACCACACAAAUGCUCUCAGGCAUCAAGCCACUGUGUUUGUUCCUAUUGUACCUGGAAUGUUAGCAAUUGAAAAUGAGAUGUCUGCUCAGCUGACAUAUUCACGAUGUACAAAGCAUUGAAAGAAAUUAAAGAUGCAAAAGCAAUGUUGAAACAACCAAAUUUUUCCCCCUUUCAGCUGUUUGAAUAGCAAGCUGCUUCUUUCUUUCCUAUUAAUCUACACUGAUAAUAAAAAGGAAUUUUU